CGGUGCGGAACGGGAAGGGGAGAGGGGACCGGCCCCGGGACCGGCCCCGGAGCGGCUCCGUGCCCCGGCACAGCCCCGCACCGCGCCCGCCACCGCUCCGGCCCGGCCAUGGCGCAGCGCGCCCGGGCGCGCCCCGGCUGAGCGCCCCGUCCGUCCGUCCGUCCGCCCCGUCCCGACCCGUCCCGACCCGUCCCUUCCGUGCCGUCCGUGCCGUCCCGCCCCGCGGACCUUGGCCGGGGAUGCUGGCGGGAUGUCGGGCGCCGCGGCGGCCGUGCUGGCCUGGGCGCUGCUGGCCGGGGCGCUGCUGCCCCCGCCGCCCGUCCGGCCCCAGACCCUGCCCCACGGGGACCGCGAGGUGCAAGAGAAGGAAGCGCAGUUCAACACCACCUACAGCGACUGGGUGCACGCCAACCUGCUCAACAUCUACGCCUUCAACCACAGCGUCCGCAGGAACAGGACCGAGGGCGUGCGGGUGUCCGUCAAUGUCCUCUCGGACCAGAAGGACCAGCCCGUCCUCUUCGUGGUGAGGCAGAAGGAGGCGGUGGUCUCCUUCCAGGUGCCGCUCAUCCUCCGGGGCCUGUACCAGCGGAAAUACGCGUACCAGGAGGUGAGCCGCACGCUCUGCCAGCCGCAGACCAAGGCUGAGGUGGAGACCCAGCACUUCUACGUGGAUGUGUCCACUCUUUCCCUCAACACCUCCUACCAGCUGCGGGUCACCCGCGUGGAGAACUUUGUGCUGCGGACCAAUGAAAGGUUCAGCUUCAAUGCCACGGCCGCCCAGCCGCAGUACUUCAAGUACGAGUUCCCCGAGGAAGUGGACUCGGUGAUCGUGAAGGUGACCUCAGCCAUGGCCUUCCCCUGCUCCGUCAUCUCCAUCCAGGACAUCCUGUGCCCCGUCUACGACCUGGACAACAACGUGGCUUUCAUCGGGAUGUACCAGACCAUGACCAAGAAGGCGGCCAUCACGGUGCAGAAGAAGGAUUUCCCCAGCCAUAGCUUCUACGUGGUGGUGGUGGUGAAGACGGAGGACGAGGCGUGCGGGGGGGCUCUGCCCUACUACCCCCUCUCCAAGAACUCCUCUCCAGAUGAGCCCGUGGAUCAGCACAACCGGCAGAAGAUGCUGGAGGUGAUGGUGUCACCUGCCAUCACCUCCGAGGCCUACGUGCGCAGUGUGCUCUUCUGCCUCGGCAUCUUCCUCUCCUUCUACAUCCUCACGCUGCUCAUCGCCUGCUGGGAGAGCUGCCGGCAGCACAAGAGGAAGGGGCUCCUGGCAGCCAUGGAUUCUCCCAGCCUGGACACAGCGUCACUCCUGGGUCACUCCCGCAGCAUCCCCAACUCCUUCCUGAACCACGGCCCCUACGACAGCUACGGAUACGGCUCCUUCGGGAACGGCUCCUCCAGCAGCACCGAGGGCAUCACAGACAGCCUGGGCUCAGCAGAAGUCUCCUACAGUUACGUGGGGGAACGGUCCCUGGAGAACGUGGCCGGCCGGCCGCGCCUGGACUCGCUCAGCUCCGUGGAGGAGGAUGACUACGACACGCUGGCCGACAUCGACUAUGACAAGAACGUCAUCCGCACCAAGCAAUACCUGUGCGUGGCCGACCUGGCGCGCAAGGACAAGCGGGUGCUGCGGAAGAAGUACCAGAUUUAUUUCUGGAACAUCGCCACCAUCGCUGUCUUCUACGCCCUGCCCGUCAUCCAGCUCGUCAUCACCUACCAGACGGUGGUGAAUGUCACCGGCAACCAGGACAUCUGCUACUACAACUUCUUGUGCGCCCACCCGCUGGGGAACCUCAGCGCCUUCAACAACAUCCUCAGCAACCUGGGCUAUGUGCUGCUGGGUCUGCUCUUCCUGCUGAUCAUCCUGCAGCGCGAGAUCAACUACAACCGCGCGCUGCUGCGCAACGACGCCCACGCCCUGGAGUGUGGCAUCCCCAAGCACUUUGGGCUCUUCUACGCCAUGGGCACUGCCCUCAUGAUGGAGGGGCUGCUCAGCGCCUGCUACCACGUCUGCCCCAACUACACCAACUUCCAGUUCGACACCUCCUUCAUGUACAUGAUCGCGGGGCUCUGCAUGCUGAAGCUCUACCAGAAGCGUCACCCGGACAUCAACGCCAGCGCCUACAGCGCCUACGCCUGCCUGGCCCUCGUCAUCUUCUUCUCGGUGGUGGGCGUGGUGUUUGGGAAGGGGAACACGGCCUUCUGGAUCGUCUUCUCCGUCAUCCACAUCGUGGCCACGCUGCUGCUGAGCACCCAGCUGUACUACAUGGGGCGCUGGAAGCUGGACUCGGGCAUCCUGCGCAGGAUCCUGCACGUGCUGUACACGGACUGCGUGCGGCAGUGCAGCGGGCCCAUGUACGUGGACCGGAUGGUGCUCCUGGUCAUGGGGAACAUCAUCAACUGGUCGCUCGCUGCCUACGGCCUCAUUGUCCGCCCCAAUGAUUUUGCUUCCUACCUGCUGGCCAUCGGCAUCUGCAACCUCCUCCUCUACUUCGCCUUCUACAUUAUCAUGAAGCUCCGCAGUGGCGAGCGCAUCAAGCUCAUCCCCCUGCUCUGCAUCAUCAGCACCUCCGUGGUCUGGGGCUUCGCCCUCUUCUUCUUCUUCCAGGGGCUCAGCACCUGGCAGAAAACACCAGCUGAAUCCCGGGAGCACAACCGUGACUGCAUCCUGCUCGACUUCUUUGACGACCACGACAUCUGGCAUUUCCUCUCCUCCAUCGCCAUGUUCGGCUCCUUCCUGGUGCUGCUGACGCUGGACGAUGACCUGGACUGUGUCCAGCGGGACAAGAUCUACGUCUUCUAGGAGCCUGCAGCCACCCGCUGCCCUGGGACCGUGCCAAACGCCCGGCUGCAGCCCCGGGAGGGGCACCCGCCCCUGGGGAGGGAUGUCUGCGCUGCAGGUCCUGCCAGCCACUCUGUCCCCCUCCCCACACAGCCCUGGGGUCCUGGUUUGCCUCCUCCCCGUCAGCCGGGUCCCUCCAGGCACUUCGUGCCCGUCACAGCCAAAACUGGGGCUGAGGGGCCACCAGAGCAUCCGUCCUCUGUGGCAAGUGACACUGGAAAAGUGCUGCUGCUGCUGCUCCGUGUGCCCAUGGGCACGGGGGGAUUGGGGCGAGCGCCGUGCCAGCAGCCCCGUGGCCCCCCGAGCACGUGGGUGUGGGUCUCUCUUCAGUGCCUGAGUCGAGUGGGUGGGAGGGGGGGUGCGUGGGGCCAGCACGGUGGUGGCAGUGGCCAGAGAGGCCCCACUCGUGUCCCCUCCAGGAGGGGUGGCCGCAGUGGGUCCCUGUCUGUCCCCACCGAGGUGCCGCGCUCCCCGCGGGGAUCUGCUGGGAAGGGACUCGCAUUAAAGUGUCUGCACUUUG